AAACGUUUAUUGUUAUUAGCUUCGAUAGCUUCGAGCACCAACGUCUGAGAGUCACGCAGCCUGAACCAAAUCACGACUGAGGCCACGAAAGAUUAAAACUCAAACAGAAAUAGUCCCACCCCCCCGUCCGAAACGUGAAUAGUGGUACAGUCCAGAGAGGGCGCGAGCCUCCAAACUGUUUAUAAGUCAGCGUGAAGAAGCGAGCGCGAGACUCAAAGCAGGAUGGAGGAGAACGUUGAGGAGGUGAGGGUGCUGGAGGCUGAGAUCGAGCAUCUCCAGGCUGAAGUUGCAGCAUUGCAGAGCCAACAGCAGGAAAACCAAAAGAACAUGACGUUCCAACUCAGAGGAAAAAUGCAGGAUGCCAUGUCGUACAUGUGUGGACGCAGACAAGGUGGAGGGAAGGAAAAGAUGCUGUCCAUGCUGAAGGAGGAGGUGGAGGAGAUGGAGGAGGAUCUGAAGCGGCAGACACAGAUGAAUGGCAUCAGUCUGACCAGCUGCACCACAAAGAUUCUACAAAGCAGUGGCAGUAAGCUGGUCCGGCAGCUCUGUGUCUCCGGUCACUGCUCUGAUCUGGUCUUUCAGGUGGAGUUCCAGCUCUCUGAGGUCAAGGACGGUCAAGCAUGUGAGAAGUCGAUCAGUGAUCUGAAUGUAGUAAUAGACUCCAGUGACCUGCAGGACUUCAGCAAUUUCCUGUCCGGGGUGGAGGAAAGCAACGAUCUUCUGCUGCUCUUCAGGACUCUCCGAGCUUUCUCAGACAGAUGUGACGACCGGUGCAGAACCUUCCAGCACUUCCAGGAGAAGUAUCCAUCUGUUGUCUCUCUUCCUGGAGGCUGCAGGUCAGAAGUGAUGACCCUGAACCAUCCUGAGCUUCCUGGCUGCGUCCUGUUCGUUCAUUGGUCGGUCGAAGUUUCCAGAGAGGGCGAAGUCACUCCGAAGAUCGACCUGGUGACAAAGAUCCCUGAGCAAGCUCUGCAGUUGUUCCCGUCUCAGCCUGUAGGCGGCGCCGUGGAGGCCUUUCAGAGCCUGCUGAGGAUUCUGGGAGCUGAGGCUGCUCUGGAGUCGGUCAUCAGGGCGGUCAGCCUGUCACAGGACUCAUAACUGCAGGUCACCAUAGAAACACAUUCAUGGUUUAUUGAUGGACUCAAACAAACACACACAGCGGCGGUUUAGUCUCUUAGAAAUCUUUAUUCAAUAGAAAGAGCACGACUGUGACGGCUGUGACAGCAGAGCUCAGUCAAAAUCUACAAAAAUAAAUAAUUUAAAUACAAAAUGCCAGACAGCAGUGUCGCCUUUGUAUUCUCAAAUAGUUUUCUUCUCUCAGCUAUGUACACACACGCAGUUAUUAGAAGUCUGUAGGUAUCACAGUGCUGUGAUGUUUCUGUAGGCCGACGCUCAGGCAGCGGGCGGAGGCAGACGACCAAUCAGACGACAGCUCACCUGUCGGAGCUUCGUCUCUCUGACGACGGAGAAAAGUUUCUCACCUUUAAAUAUCUGAACAACAGUAACCGACAGCCGCCUUGAAGAGAUUUCCAGGAUCCUUGAAGGUUCUUUAUGUAAAAUAACAAAUAUGGUUUUUAUAAACGUGGAAAGACGCUGGCUGGAGUCAACAACUAACUCAGUCUACUGAUGAAGUCCAUGAUGGACGCUUCACAACGAAGCAGUAAGUGAACCUUGAGUUGAGUCAACUAAAAAAUAAGAACUUUACAUAUUUGUCUGUAUUUAAACUAUUUCAUAUUUACAUUCAUCAUAACUCGUUUGUUUUUCUUUGGUCUUUGUCUGAGAUGACAGUUAUCAGACUAACAGAUGGACACCAAACACUAAUUUAAUGUUUUUAACCGUGAUACGACCAGCGCUGCCUUCAUACAGCCGUCUUUAUCUCUGUGACUUAAUGACGCACAAACUGUGGCUGUUUUCUCGUGACCACACUGACAAGAUUUAUGAAAUCUGAGUCGUUGCGGUUGCGUGUUGUUGUUUUUAAAACGUCAGAGAGACGUCAACUCUUCAACAGAGAGCUAUCCGACUCCCAUGAGCCUCCGCUCUCCCGCCGUGCUGCCUGCCGCGUCUUCAGUUCAACAGUUAGAACGAUCAGUGGUUGGUUCAGUUCAGCUGCCGUCCACUCUCCAGCCUUUAAAGGGUCAAACUGUGUGCAGUUAUGAGAGUCGGUGUUCUGAUUCAAAGAGUUAAAUCUGUCUGUUUUGUUUUGUUUUAGUGUUUGGAUUUAACAGAACUGCUCCUGAUAGACGAGGCAGCAGCUGACGGGUUUCCAGAAAACACUCAGAGUUUGAGUUUCAGUCGUGUAGUGUGAGUUGACUUUAGACGUUGGAGGGGUGGAGAGUGGACGCUGUAAACAGAGGAACUGAAGUCAAGUGUUACCAGUUUUAUCUGAAGCCUCCGUGAGCGCUGCUGGUUUGAGAGGACGAUGAUCCGAGCACAAACAUCGUCUGCUGAUCGUAACAAAGAAAGUCUCACCGUCCUCAAACAUCCCAGCGCUCUUGAACACAUCUUUUUUUUUUUUUUCCUUUCAAACA